CGCGCCGCGGCGGCCGGGCCUGCGCCCCAAGAGCUGGAUGCCAGAGCAGGAGGAAGAGCCGCCAACCGAUCGCUCGAUCGACCGCACGCCCGCUCCUUCGCCCUACCAGACCGGGGAGGGGGGGAGGGCGCGCCAGGGCUUCUUCGAGUUAGGGGCCUGACUCCCCGGCGACAAGACAAGAUGGCUCCUCCGCUCUGCGCUGCAGCUCCCGUCCCGGCUGCGUCGCUCGGCCCGCCCCCGGUACUGUUUCUUUAAAUGGCGGAGAGGGUCAGGCAAGCAGGAAGAGAGGCGCGCGCCCUCACGUGACGGGGGCGGGCCGGCGCGGGCCGGAUCCGGUCACGUGGGCCCGCGUCGCUCGCCAAUCCGCAGGUGGGGGUCUCGGGGCGGGGGCGGGAAGACUCGCGGCGUUGUGAUUGGCCGAAGGCGCGGCGGAGAGGCCUGGGAGGCCCGGGCCGUCGGGAGUGAGCGAGGCGGCUCGCGCUGCGUGCGCUGACGGAGACAAAGCAGUGCCCGAGGUCGCCGUGGCGGCGGUGGCGGCGGCGGCCGAGUCCUGAGCGCCGAGUCUCGUGACGCCAGCCCUGUCGUCAUCUGUUCGGGCGCGGCGUGGCGUGGCGCGCGCGGGCGGCGGCGGAGGCAGCGGCAGCACAUGGUUCCAAGAGCGCGCCGCGGUGGUUGAGUUCCAAUUCCGCGGGGAGGGACAAAGGCAUCUGCGAGCUGCAGGCAACGCCCGACCGGAGCCGGGGGGAGGGGGCGUGCUCGCCGCUGUCCUCCCCGUUCUCUGUCCUGGAUCCGGAACGAGUGACUUUCUCGGAGGUGGCCGCAGGACCCGGGCCUGGGCGGGCCGGAGGGGCCCGAGGCUGGCUUCUGAAGGGGGUGGGGGAAGGGCGCGUCUGAGGCGAUCCGGGCGGGUGUGCUGGGAGGCGUCUCUGGGGGCCACGCUGAGUGGUUCCACCCGCCACCUGUGGUGACUGUGGCCUCCCAGCCUGCUGUGCGGGGGACGGGGCUGGGGGGGUACAGGAAUCCGUCGGUCAGCACCAAGGACCUGCCCGUUGGGAAGCGCUGAGGCGGGAAAGGGCAUCCAUCACUCCCCCGCUGGAACACCUGUGUGAGGAGUCUGGCGUCUUCGGCGGUGACGAAGCCUCCCGUGGUAAUGACGUAGGUGAACCGUCAGCUUUAUGACAGAAGUAGGUCAAUCUCUUGGUUCUCUUCAGGAAACUUAGGAGAACAGAAAAGGACUCGAAGAACGUGAAGAUGAAGCCGCAAUAAACCGCCAGCUUGGAAGACCAUUCUGAACCAUUCACUCCGGAGGCUUCGGGAAUCGCAAGAAGGACGCUCGACUCUUGCUGCUCUUAAGGACUGUAGGUUUAGGAUGUAGUUCUUUCCAAAAAUAUUACAUCAUAGUCACUGAAAUACGUACAUCACUUGCAAUUUCAAAUAUCUGACAAUAUUUUAGAUAGUCGGGAAACUUUGUUUUAUGAGUCACUAAGAAGCACAGAUUUACCCUUGACUGGACCAACCCCUGGGAAAGCCUGUUCCGUUCUAUGUUCUCCACUGUUAACGGGCAAAGACUAGAGACUCACUGCAGUCAUGGCCUUCACCAAUUACAGCAGUCUCAACCGAGCUCAACUAACCUUUGAAUAUCUGCACACAAAUUCAACCACUCAUGAAUUCUUGUUUGGUGCUCUUGCUGAACUGGUUGAUAAUGCAAGAGAUGCUGAUGCCACCAGAAUAGACAUUUAUGCUGAAAGGCGGGAUGACCUCCGAGGAGGAUUUAUGCUUUGCUUUUUGGAUGAUGGAGCAGGAAUGGAUCCGAGUGAUGCUGCCAGUGUGAUCCAGUUUGGGAAGUCGGCCAAACGAACUCCAGAGUCCACCCAAAUUGGGCAGUAUGGCAAUGGAUUAAAAUCGGGCUCAAUGCGCAUUGGGAAGGAUUUUAUUCUCUUCACUAAGAAGGAGGACACCAUGACCUGUCUCUUCCUGUCUCGUACCUUUCAUGAGGAAGAAGGCAUUGAUGAAGUGAUAGUCCCAUUGCCUACCUGGAAUGCUCGAACACGGGAACCUGUCACAGACAAUGUGGAGAAGUUUGCCAUUGAGACAGAGCUCGUCUACAAAUACUCUCCCUUCCACACCGAGGAGCAGGUGAUGGCCCAGUUCAUGAAGAUUCCCGGGAAUAGUGGAACACUGGUGAUCAUCUUUAAUCUCAAGCUCAUGGACAAUGGAGAACCAGAACUAGACAUAAUCUCAAAUCCAAAAGACAUCCAGAUGGCAGAAACCUCCCCAGAGGGCACGAAGCCAGAGCGACGCUCCUUCCGAGCCUAUGCUGCUGUGCUCUAUAUUGAUCCACGAAUGAGGAUCUUCAUUCAUGGACACAAGGUGCAGACCAAGAGACUCUCCUGUUGCUUGUAUAAGCCCAGAAUGUACAAGUAUACAUCAAGCCGUUUCAAGACUCGGGCAGAACAGGAAGUGAAGAAAGCAGAGCAUGUAGCACGGAUUGCUGAAGAGAAGGCCCGUGAGGCAGAAAGCAAAGCUCGGACUUUAGAAGUACGAAUGGGUGGGGACCUGACACGGGACUCUAGGGUGAUGUUGCGGCAGGUCCAGAAUACAGCCAUCACCCUGCGUAGAGAAGCUGAUGUCAAGAAAAGGAUCAAGGAUGCCAAGCAGCGAGCACUCAAAGAACCCAAGGAACUGAAUUUUGUUUUUGGGGUCAAUAUUGAACACCGGGACCUAGAUGGUAUGUUUAUCUACAAUUGUAGUCGCCUGAUCAAGAUGUAUGAGAAAGUGGGCCCACAGCUGGAAGGGGGCAUGGCAUGUGGUGGGGUUGUUGGGGUUGUUGAUGUGCCCUACUUGGUUCUGGAACCUACACAUAACAAGCAGGACUUCGCUGAUGCUAAGGAGUACCGACAUCUACUACGAGCAAUGGGGGAGCACUUGGCACAGUACUGGAAGGACAUUGCCAUUGCCCAGCGUGGAAUCAUCAAGUUUUGGGAUGAGUUUGGCUACCUUUCUGCCAACUGGAACCAACCUCCAUCCAGUGAGCUGCGUUUCAAACGCCGGAGGGCUAUGGAAAUCCCAACCACUAUCCAGUGUGAUCUGUGUCUGAAAUGGAGGACACUCCCCUUCCAGCUGAGUUCAGUAGAAAAAGAUUAUCCUGAUACUUGGGUUUGCUCCAUGAACCCCGAUCCUGAGCAGGACCGCUGUGAAGCUUCUGAACAGAAGCAGAAGGUUCCCUUGGGGACAUUAAAAAAGGACCUAAAGACACAGGAAGAAAAGCAGAAGCAGCUGACAGAGAAAAUUCGCCAGCAGCAGGAAAAACUAGAAGCUCUUCAGAAAACCACACCCAUCCGCUCACAAGCUGACCUGAAGAAAUUGCCCUUAGAAGUGACUACCAGACCUUCCACUGAAGAACCUGUACGGAGACCUCAGCGUCCUCGGUCACCCCCUUUACCUGCCGUGAUCAAGAAUGCUCCUAGCAGACCCCCUUCUGUUCAAACUCCUAGACCAACUAGCCAACUCCGAAAGGCUUCGGUUAUCAGCAACCCCCCAAAGCUGCCUGCUACCGCAGCCCGAGGUGAAACUAGUGUAUCCAGGCUGCUCCAGCCAGCUGAGGCACCUCGAAAGCCUGCAAACUCUCCCAUCAAAACUGCACCCCGACCCACCCCUCCUGUGCAGCCCCCGUCACCAUCUCUACUCCAGAACUCCAAGAACCUUCGGGAGAUUCCUGCUCAAAAAGCCAUCAAGACUCCAGUGGUCAAGAAGCCGGAGACACCUGUUAAACAUUCUGUGGCCACCUCAGGACGGAAACGGAGUCUUGCAGUCUCUGAUGAGGAAGAGGCUGAAGAAGAAGCUGAAAAGAGGAAAGAAAGAUGUAAACGGAGCAAGUUUUCUGUGAAGGAGGAAAAGAAGGAGGCAAAUGAGCUCUCAGACAGUGCUGGGGAAGAUGACUCAGCUGAACUCAAGAAGGCUCAGAAAGAUAAAGGGCUGCAUGUAGAGGUACGUGUGAACCGGGAGUGGUACACAGGUCGUGUCACAGCUGUAGAGAUGGGCAAGAAUGUGGUCCGGUGGAAAGUGAAGUUUGACUACGUGCCCACAGACACAACACCAAGAGACCGCUGGGUGGAGAAAGGCAGUGAAGAUGUACGACUGAUGAAGCCACCUUCUCCAGAGCAUCAGAGUCCUGACACGCAGCAAGAAGGUGGAGAGGAGGAGGAGCCUGUAGCCCAACAGGCUGUGGCCUUACCAGAGCCAUCUACCUCUGAUGGUCUAGCCAUUGAGCCUGACACUACUGCCCCAAGUACCAACCAUGAGACUAUUGACCUUCUGGUCCAGAUUCUUCGCAAUUGCUUGCGAUAUUUCUUGCCUCCGAGUUUCCCCAUCUCCAAGAAGGAGCUGAGUGCUAUGAAUUCAGAAGAACUAAUAUCUUUUCCUCUGAAAGAGUACUUCAAGCAGUAUGAGGUGGGACUCCAGAAUCUGUGUCAUUCCUACCAAAGUCGUGCUGACUCACGGGCAAAAGCCUCAGAGGAGAGCUUGCGCACCUCUGAGAGAAAGCUUCGUGAGACAGAAGAAAAGUUACAGAAGUUGAGGACCAACAUUGUAGCACUCCUGCAAAAAGUACAGGAGGACAUAGACAUCAAUACAGAUGACGAGCUGGAUGCCUACAUUGAGGACCUCAUCACCAAAGGGGACUGAGGAGCUGGGAGGCAGAUAAUUCCUCUGCACACCUGCCUCAGCACAGCAGCUUCUGGGGAAGGGGAUUUCAUUAGUGAGUUGGUGGACUUAAUCUUGGUUUGACUCAUGUGGGCCAUUUGUGCUUUGGGAAGGAGAUUCCUUGAAUCUUCCGCCCUAAGUUUACAUAAAUAUUUAUUUUUUAAAAGAGAAGAUGUUAAUGCCUGCUGUGAGACUGUUCUUUUGUGUGACUCUUGAGGAAAGGGCACAGAGUCUGAGCCAUUGAGCUCCUGGAACCUCAACAUAGGAUGAAGCAAGCACCAACCUGAAGUUGGAGAGGCUCCGAGGACAGGAAGAUCAACAAUGGGAUAUGAAAAGUAUGUGGCCCCAGAGACUCAGAUCUACAAGACCCACAAGGGGGUGAUCAAAGCAGGUCCAAUAUCAGAAAGACUUCCUGUAGCAGAUCUCCUGGUGUCCAGUCAGGGCUGUGAAGGUCUGUAGGCUACCUGAGCAGCUGUCAGAGUCAUCCUGGCUGUCUUACCCAGGCAGCUUGGAGAUGAUUCUUAAUGCUCAAAUUUCCCAACGUACCACCUACUUUGUUGCUGAAGGAGCCAUUUCUCAAGUCAACCACACUGUCCAAGCUCAAACGUAGACAGCUCUGACUGGUCAAAUUGCUGGGCUGGAUAGCACUCUGAAUGUUGAACUCCAAAGAUUCUCAGGGUGUGCAGGUGUGAAAGAGCUCUCUGGAGGAGGAGGCUUCCUCAGUGGUGCUAGUUCCUGGAGAGCCUUUGCUGCUGCUUUUCUACUAUGUCCUUUGUGGGCUUCAGAGAGCCCAGCACCUCCCAUACUCUGAAACAGUGAGGAGGAGGAGGACCAUGUGCUUUAGACAACUACUCAGAACCGGAAAGGCAAGAGUUUCAUCUGAUGGCCAUUGGGAGAAUUCUGGUUCUUGUCCCACCAACUCUUCACUUCUGUUGAAGACCUCUGAAGAUAGAACUGUGACUUUGUACUCCUGAUCCAAAACACUUUGGGUUUGUUUCCUGCAUCUACCCACUUCCCACGGUGUUUGUAGAAGACGGGGAAUUGGUGAGGACUAUGCACAUGUGGCUAGAAGUGCCUGCUUGGGUUCUAGGCUGCCCCAGACUAUCCCAUCUGACAAUUCCUGAUGCAGGAUUGUUUGGGGGGGGGAAGGGGAGUAUCAUUCAGAAGUAGUCCUUUUCUCUGGAAUAUUCUCCAAUAGAAGGGUUUCCUGUGUUGGUGCACAUAACCCCCAAUCCAACUUUCUGUUGACCCUAUCCAGGCAGUGUGUGGUCCAUUUUUGUCUCUAAACCCGCUGUUUAAAGAAAAUUGGUCCUGCUUUUUUUACUGGCAGGUAAUACUUUUUUUUAACCUACACAUGUAAUCAAAACAUGUUACCAUAAAUUUCUACUGGUGAGACUCCUUAAGUUCAGUACAUUCUUAUGCGAAAUACAAGAUCUUCCUCCUCACCCAUUACAUAUCCACUGUCUUUGUUCUUAGCUUCAUUUAACAUCCACAGACACAGAACAACUUCAUUUCCUACAUUUUUUUUUAAUAUUUAUUUAUUAUGUAUACAAUAUUCUGUCUACAUGUAUGCCUGCAGGCCAGAAGAGGGCACUAGACCUCAUUACAGAUGGUUGUGAGCCACCAUGUGGUUGCUGGGAAUUGAACUCGGGACCUUUGGAAGAGCAGGCAAUGCUCUUAACCGCUAAGCCAUCUCUCCAGCCCUUCCUACAUGUUUUAUCUUUAACUUUCUGGAUAUACUAAAUCCAACCUCAGCUUUUCUGAAUGCUGCUUGUUCCUAUGUCCUACUGUUCUGAUGGCAAGAUAAAAUAUAGGGUCUUUCCUGGGAACAGCAUGAAAUAGCUGACCUUGGAACCGAUUGAUAAGGUAUCCACCGGCUCUAAAAGAGAGGGAUAGGGUUGAAGAUGCUAAGUGACAGGUGGACAUGGUAAGAAUUCACUUAUUACAAAGGGCUGAACAUGAAAAGCAAGGCUUCUACCUGAUCCCCACGUUCUCCCUAGAGAUCAGAUUAUUCAUCUUGGAUACAGCAACACAUCUGCCCUCUUGGGUUUCCUUAGGUUUUUCACCAAGUACGUCAUACUUUGUUUCAGAGUGAGUCUAGUAUACGUCAGCUUUGUUCUGAACCAUCACAGGACAUUUCAUUAUCUUGAAUGUGUUGUCAUGUAACAGUCUGUGAACACUUGUGUUUCUAACAUCUGUGGAAAAAGCUGUGGUGUGUGUAUGCUUUUAUCCAUUACACUUGUAUACAGGGUAAAUUCCAGAAAGGACAUCAGAUAGAUUCCCAUUCUGCUCCCAACAGCUUCAGUUGUAACUCAUUAAUAGUGGGUAUCUCCAAAUGAUACUGGGCAUCACAAAUGUGACUGGGCAUUUUCAUUGGCUUGC